UCGAAGUGACAACUUAAAUUGCACACUCCAAAUUUAGAGUAAUUCCAAAACAUUCCAAAAAUGAGAAUUAAAUAGUAUAAUUCAAAUUCGCAGUAAUCAAUUAUCUAUAUUCAGCAUAGAUUACCAAAAUGAAAAUGCAUACAUACAUACAUAUAAAUAAAUAAAUCAAUUAAAAAAGUCCUUUGGAAUUCUCCCUAUCCCUACACUUAUUUAACUAGAAAUCGGAGAAGGCAUUCUUGUUCCUGUGUCCAUCAGCAAUAAUUCGAGCAGAUUAUUUUAUUUCAUCUUCUGAAACUACACACACU